CCGCUGCCGAGCCCAGUGAGGUCUUGAGGAAGGUGGUCAAGGCCUGUUGUGGAGUUGCAGCACAGACACGUGCAGAGAUCGAUGAAGAAGGCCGGUCGGCGCUGCACCGCGCUGCCCUCAACGGAGAAAUCGAUGAGGUGGAGCACCUGCUGAGAGCAGGUCUUGACAUCGAGGCCAAAGACAACGGUCAGAGAACACCGCUUUUUCUCGCCACGCGGAAGGGCCACCUCGCCGUGGUGGACCGGCUCGUGGCCGCCCGCGCGGCCGUCGAGGCGAGGGAUGACCGCGGCGUGACGCCCCUCAACAUUGCGGCUGAAAAGGGCCAUUGGGAGGUGGCGCAGCGGCUCAUCGAGGCCAGGGCCGACCUCGAGGCCAAGGACGAUGCUGGGAGCAGUGAAGUUGGUGCAGAUUCCCUGCUUGUUGAGCACCGCAAGUUGCUGCUGGACAGAUCCUUUAAGGAGCUGAGCAAGAAGUGCCUUUUAAUCUGUUGGAACCUGAAAUGCAAGGAGAGGAAGAAGUUCGAGGGAGUAUCUGACAAUGCCCGCAUCCCCUGUCGCAUUCGGGUUUUUGAGAACGAUCGCGACAUCACGGAGAUUUCAGAUGAGAGGAUUCGAAUCCCAGAGGACAUUUUCUCUCCAGAUCAGUUUGGCCAACCGAACACGCCAUGGAAGCAGAGGACUCCACGACAAUUGUUCGCAUACAACCAACAAGUCAUCCAGAAGAAGCUGGAGAUUGAUGUUUUGAGGAUCCGAUGCAUUUGCAUCGCCUGUUGCAGAGUAGUGCGUGAAUGUGAUGCCUUGGAUACCAAGGAGAAGCUGCACUUGGACAUCUGGGAGUGCAUCGCGAAUGAUCUUUCCGUGCCACUGCUUUAUACUCCUCAUGGUCCCAAUCUGGAUCUCCCAGAUGAUGCCAGGACAGUGUGCGCACUAGCCCACGGACCAGGCAUGAACCAUUUUGCGUCAGAGGUGCUGCCCAGAUGCAUAGAAACCAUCAGAGAUUCUUUGCAAUUUGGAGCAUUGCAGCAACUCCUUGAAGAGGGAGAAGCUGCCGGGAGGUUGUUUAACGGCAAAUUCAGGACCAACAUCCGUAUUGGUCUUGGCCUUAAGGAAUUGGGACAUUUGACGGCUGUUCUGCAGCUAUGGCCUCAGGGCUAUCGAUCGCCGAAGCUUCAUUAUGGAGGGUGUGCAGGCAGCGUCCGAGUGCUUUUUGGUGAAAUUCAUUGCCACUUUUACAAGACACUUCUUGAUGAGAGCCCAAUGGAGUUCCAGGAUGGCGAUUGUGGGCUCCAGCUCCCUCCAGGAAGGCACCAACAGCUAGUAUUUCCAGCAGGGGAAACAACGUGGCUGAAUCGACAGAAUUGGUGGGUCCGUGAAACUUGGUGUGGAAGCGGUGAUUUUGCCCUCGUCCUCCACCUCUACAAGAGUUGCACAGAUGAGUUCGCAUUCGUUAAGCCUGGGGAGGAUGGAAGAGCCGUUCUGGAGAAGGGAGGACCCAAGAAUGAUUUUUUUUGGAACCUUGACUUGCCAGACACGGAUGAACGCCUUAGGGAAAUCGGCGAGAUAGUUGGGCCCAAGGACUUUGCGGAGAUCGUGCUGAAGCCUCAGGUUUAUGUCUAUGUGGGACUGCUGAGUGGGCAAAGCGUUGCUUGCGUGUGGGAACGAGGCCGCACAAUCAAAGAUUUGCAGAAGGAAGCCGAGCAGAGGCUUGACGCCAAGAUCCAGAAGCUCAUCACACGCUCGGGCGAGACUCUGCCAGAGACUUCAACACUCCUGGAAGCCGGUGUUGGCCACCAGCACUUCUUGACAGCGAUUGCCUCAAGCCUGGGAGCAAGGUGGCAUGUCGUGUUGAUCGCCAACAACAGCACAGCCCUGAAGCAGGCGGUUCAGGAUGCAGAGCUGGUAGGGCGGGCUUUGCUGCGCUGCGGCUUCUGCAAAAGAGAACAGGAUUUGCUCAAGGUCUUCAACAAAACAGGUGAUGAGAUAAAGGAAACUCUGGAGCAACUGAUUUGUCACCUACCUCAAGACGCUCAACUCUUCGUUUGGUUCUCUGGCAAAUCCGGUGGUAUGCUGCAAGAGAGUUUUCAGGAGACCCUUCUCGUGCCGGAAAGCCAAAUUGACUGGAAAAAUAAUACCGCAAUUGAAACGAUCCGUGGCCUGUGGCUGGAAGAUACCUUGUUUGGCAUGAUUGCACGUAAGGAGGGCCUGAAGCUUUGGUGUGUUGUCGCAGCAUGCCGGCUGCUGGUUGAAGAUCUGAGGGCACAUUUGAGGGGAAGAGAUCCUAGGUGCACCUUGCGGCUGGAAGAGAUGCCACAUGCUCACAAUAUUCGCUUGCUAAAGAAGCAACAGUACCAAUUCUUGUAUGCUUGUGACCUCGGGAAGGACAUGUACGAUUCAUGCAUUUUUGCCAAGUCCUUUUGCUACCAAAUGGAAUGCCAGCCUGGAUAUCUAGCUGACUUCAACAGCAAUUUGGCAAUGGACCUUGAGGUCAUGUCCUUUGGGGAUCUUCGAGAACCCAGGAGCGUUGGGAAUCUUCGCAAUCCUCUUGAGGAUAACCGGCUCACACUACAGGCUGGCAGGAACAUUCUCUGUGACAGGAAGUGGCUUGACACAAUGAGACAGGAGAAACUGCUGGCAUAUCACUUGUGCUCCCUCGCGGAUUAUGAAACCUUCGAGGACACUCCGAGUGAGGAAGAGUAUGCCAAAGACCUGGAGAGUCUGAGAGAUUCUUAUGAUCAGUAUGAGUCCGUGAGAGAAACAGCUAUGAACAUUAUCCAGGGCUUUUACCAGUGUGCUCGUCACUUUGACGACUUUCGACAUCAAAUUUGGCUUCUAAGCUGUGAGAGCCUACACGAAGUCAAAGAAGUCCUGGCAAAACACCAGGCUGCGUUCGCAGUUGGCAGAGGCUGUCCUCGACCUCCAACGGACUGGAAUCCUGGAGAUCCUUCUGACGCUGAGCUUUUGAUCAAUGACCAUCAUGGUAUGCUGAAUCUGCCAGAGACGGUGAUUCGUGUUAUUGGCAUGGGGGUCAGGAGAUUGAAGAAUGAGGACAAGCGCGAGGCAUUUCCUGCCGAGUCUGUCUUGACGAUGUUGCAAGAGCUGGGAUUCUACUUCACAGCAACGAUGUAUGAGCACAAAUUGUCAGCUUGCAAAGAAGAUAAAGUCAGAAAGCGCCUGUACGACUUGCAAAUGAACUACCUCGUUGGUGAAGGAAUGCUGGGUGUCACCUCGCCGAAGGUCGCAGAGAGGGUGCUGAUGGACCGGUGCGAGAAAUUAUGUCUGAGCAAGGACGAGAUGGAGGUGAUUCAGCAAGAGAUGCGCUUCAGGGAAACAGGUGGUGGGCAACACAACGAACCUGGGGAAUUUGCUGUUCUCAUGGAUCAAAACUGAUCAACGAGACUUCGAGCAAUCAAGGUGCUCAUAUUUUUGGGAUUGGUGCCUGCUGAAGCUCUGUGCCAGGUGCCACCCGUUGCUCCAUUGGGUGUUGGGACAUUCUCAGGUUGCUGCAGCCGUGACGAAGGCAACAGCGAGUGAAGAUUCAUCCGAGCGCCAAAAACGCUCUGGUGCGAAGCAACAAUAAAAGAUCGUGCAAACAAUGAUUUGUCGGCAAUCGGCUGACGAGAUUGGCAUAACAUCCUCCAUGCCAAGUACCAGUCUAAGUAACAGUUGAACAUCGGCUGGCUGCAACUCGAUUAAUGUCCCGGCACAUUGAGAGCCUUUCUAGGCGAUUCCCCACGGGUGCAGGAUAUGCGGAUCCCAACCACAUGCGAGGCCCCUCGGGACCAUGAUUGGCGGACCUGGG